AUGGACUCAAUCUUGAGACUCACCGAGCAAGAAGCCGCGUGGCUGAUCCCCGCCCCGAACAACGAGGCAGCAGAUGCCCGCAAAAAGAAGAAACGAUCCUCAGGGGCGUGUGCCCGGUGCAGGGAACGCAAGGUCCGCUGCGACGUCCAAGUAGCAUCCCCUUGCACGAACUGCAAGCUCGACCACAUCCCGUGCACCGUCCCAACAAAGAAGAGCCGCCAUGGUGUGCCUGUCCGAAGGCGUAAGCCCGGUGGUCAUCGCAAGUCCGAUUCAGAGACAUCGUGCCAGCCCCAGCCCCGCGACCGACGACCCAAAAGGCCCGCUGCCCGGCGAUUAAAUAUUGAAGAAACCAGUAGUGAAGGGUCCCAGAAUGGCCUCCCGACACUUGAUGACCAGUCAUCUCCCGACCCAGUGGGCAUGCUUCAAGAUGAAGCCCAGAUCCCCCCAUGGGGCCUGGCGGAGCACAUCUCACUCCUUGCGCAGGCCCCCUUUGCAGCCGCAACGGGCCAGCUUGAGCAAUGGCACGCAUCCAACACAGUCUCUCUUUCUGGAACCCAGUCCCCCUUGCCCAGCUGCAUCCGGGACCACCCAUCCACCAUAUGUUCGCGGGGUGCCGACUACCUCACCCGCUUGGGGUGCUAUUCGAUCCCCAGCGCUCGUCUUCGCCACGAGCUAAUUACAACCUACCUCCGUUUCAUGCAUCCCAAACUCCCCCUGUUCGAUCUGCCGCGAUUAUGCGCAUCCAUGAACGGACUGGGCCAGUCGUUUCAGAUAAGCCUGCUUGUUUUUCAAGCCAUCAUGUUUGCCGGGGCGGCACUUGUCAACAUGCAUCACCUGCAGCGCGAGGGGUAUAGAUCGCGUGCCGAAGCACGCAAGGCCUUGUACCACCGCGUACGGCUGCUCUACGAUUAUCGCUACGAGCAUGAUACGGUUGCGGUAUUCCAGGCACUGCUCAUUGUCACCUACAGUGCAGGGCAUAUAGACCACGGGCUCCCUACGCCGGUGGAGAGAGCCAGGCCACAGACCACGCAGGAUGUCGCUGCUCUGCCAGGCGAGCGACCAGUACAAGGCUCAACUGCAGGGUUCCCGUUCCAGUCAGAGGACAAUCCGGCUUCGCUAGAGCACAUCCUUGACAAAAUGACCAGAGAAGGCGAAAUCUCGGACGAGAUGCCGUUCCCUUCUCCAGAAAGUUGGGUUCCGGCGCUAAGUAUAUCGGAUAACUUUCCUACUUUUCCAUAA